AUGGGAGACGUUGCAGGUGCAAUCUUGGAAACAGCUAUACGGCACGUGCCCGCUCUCCUCAAGCGGGCUGUAGCUGCUGCCGAUGAGCAGUUUCCCGACGGUGCUGAUGACUUGGAGGGUGAUCCUGUCACCGAGGAAAUGUUCUCGUCGUGGGCUCUCUUUAUUCUUUUGUCGUUGCUCUGCUCGGCUUUAUGGUCUUCGUAUUAUCUACAGCAACGACGCAUCAAGGCCAUCCACGAAACAGUGUUGUCGAUUUUCUACGGAAUGGUGGUGGGGUUGGUGAUUCGGGUAGCGCCUGGGCACUACAUUCAAGAUGCGGUGAAGUUCAAGUCCGGCUACUUCUUCAAUAUAUUGUUGCCGCCCAUUAUUCUUAAUUCGGGAUACGAGCUUCACCAGGCCAAUUUCUUCCGCAACAUUGGCUCGAUUUUGACCUUCGCUAUCCCCGGUACAUUUAUUUCUGCGUUGGUCCUAGGCACUAUUUUGUAUGUAUGGACGGCUCUCGGGUUCGACGACGUCAAUUUGGAGUGGGUGGAUGCCUUGGCCGUUGGCGCUACUCUUUCAGCCACGGACCCAGUCACCAUUUUGUCGAUCUUCAAUGCUUACAAGGUCGACCCGAAGUUGUACACCAUUAUUUUCGGCGAGUCGCUUCUCAAUGAUGCCAUUUCUAUUGUUAUGUUUGAAACAUGUCAACAGUUCCAUGGCAAGCCUGUUAGAUUCUCCUCUAUGUUCGAGGGUAUCGGCUUGUUUUUGAUGACUUUCACAAUCUCGACCAUCAUUGGUAUCACCAUUGGAAUUUUGGUGGCACUUAUGUUGAAGCACUCUCACAUCAGAAGAUACCCCCAAAUCGAGACGUGCUUGGUCUUGCUUAUCGCCUACCAAUCUUACUUCUUUUCCAACGGUGCGCACAUGUCGGGUAUCGUAUCUUUGCUUUUCUGCGGAAUCACCUUGAAGCAUUACGCUUAUUACAACAUGUCGCGCCGUACCCAGAUUGCGACAAAAUACAUCUUCCAAUUCUUGGCUCAGCUAAGCGAGAACUUCAUUUUCAUCUACUUGGGUUUGUCGCUUUUCACUGAAGUGGAGCUUGUGUUCAAGCCCUUACUUAUUAUUGUUACAUUUAUUCUGAUCUGUAUCGCUCGUUGGUGUUCUGUUUUUCCUCUUUCUCGUCUUCUCAACUGGUUAUACCAUACCAAACAUGACAGAUUCAGCCGCAAUAUUGCCAUGUCUGGUGGCCUUACCUCAUCUAGUCCUGAUGAAAUUUCGCAUUCAUACCAAAUGAUGAUAUUCUGGGCUGGUUUGAGAGGUGCAGUCGGUGUUGCCUUAGCGCUUGGUCUCCAAGGUGAGGCUAAAUCAACAUUGCUAGCCACUGUGUUGGUUGUCGUGGUUCUCACAGUCAUCUUUUUUGGUGGUACGACCGCGUCUAUGCUCGAAAUACUAGGCAUCAAGGUUGGAUGUGUUGAUGAAAACGAGGACUCAGAUUACGAGUUUGACAUUGAGGCCCCAAAAUUGACAGUAGGAACGCCUAGCGUCAACCUAAUGGGCAAUAGACGGAAUGCCCCGAACGUGGGCCCAUACAGAAACGCUGGCUCUUCCAACAGAGGCAAUACGGCAGCACCAAUGUCGCCGUAUGGAAAGUCUUCAGGAUCUUUGCCCAACUCCCAGACGGACUUAGCAGCCCUCGACGACGAAGGCUCGAAUGGUAGUGAUGUAGAUGACCUUGUUUCAAGCCAUUCAGCAGCCGCAAUCAACUCGCCAUACAGCAACAACAAUUCAAUGGGAGUUUUGAAUGCAUUCCUCAGCGCGGAGGAACAUGCUAAAUGGUUUACUAAAUUUGACGAGGAAGUCAUCAAGCCAGUUUUGCUUGAUAACAUUCCUCCGAACAGUUAUAAAGAUGAUGCUCAUAAUUCUAGCUCUGGAAUGGACCAGAACUAA